GCUAUUGAGACCAACUCCUUCUUUGUUGAGCUCCAUUUAGAUGAGCGCAAGUUGCUGAAGUCCAUCAACUUGAGUCCGACCAAUGACAGUGGAAGUGUCACAGCAAGCAUUGCCACCAAUUCUUCAUACGCCCCCAUUCCGUCUUCGUCGCCAGUUGCAACAAACAGCAUGCAUCCGAAGCCUAUGACCAUUCGUCAGUUUGUGUCUUGGUCUACUUCCGAGCACACGCUGGAUCCAGAAGCUUUUGCCAGCAAGCUUCGCGAGGUUUAUGUUGAGCUUGACCCCGUCUAUGGCCUGCAUGCAAU